AUGUCCCUCCUAACCCCCGGCCGCAUUCUCAUAACCCUCGCCAACCUCUCCUACAGCGUCGGCGCCUUUCUGGCUGACUGGUCGGAGACACAUGUCCUCAAUCCCCGCUGGCCGCCGCAUGCGCGCUUCCACAACGGCCAGACAAUGUCCCUCGGCGUCUGCCUCGCCGCGAGUUCGAUCUGGUUCAUGAUCCGGCCUGGCCUCACCUCCAACUCCUCAGGCAAGGGCGCCACCGUCGCCGAGGCAAAGCGAGGUGUCUUUGAUGCGGCGCUGGUGGGGAGUUUCUACUGUACGGCGGGGAUGUGUGCGAUCUUGUACCCGGGGACAGAUUGGACCGACCCGGAGUUUGGCGUGGGUGGCGAACAGAAGUUGUUAUUUCCUGGUAUCGUUGCGGCGAUGUGGGUGGGUUAUGCGCUGGAGAUGUGGAGGCUGGGAGAUGGAAAGGGGAAGGGGGCGUAG